UUUCUUUGCGCAGACGCAAGUGACGCAAGCAUGAGUUUUUUGCCCCAGCGCCGAUGUCGCCUGUGGGGUGAUCCUGGGUGAUCUCAUUUUCAUGUCUCUUCCGAGCGUGCACCGUAGAGAUCCUGUUGCCACAACAAGGUAUUUUCUUUAUAUGAAAUCAGCAAGCUACACGCUACGAUGAGAUGAUUCUGCACGUUGUACCAGAUGCAGCGAUAAUUGCAUUCCUAUCCUCUUGGAAAGACUGUUACCAGAAUCGCGUGCUGCCCAGUGCCGAAGAUCAGAGGGCAUGAAGAUUUCAUCCCCGCUAUAUUUAUUGACUCGUCGUACACCGUGAAAAAUAAAAAUAAAAUAGCGCCUUCGCGAGCAUUAUCGGCCCUCCACGAUGGAAGACCCAGAAAUCCUCACGAUUGAGUGGGAAAUGAUGAACAAGUCGCGCUUCCUGAUGUUCAGCAUGAUCAAUUCAUUCACCUUGCGCUGCCUCGUCUACCCGCUGACCGUUAUCAAGACCAGACUCCAAGUUCAGAAACCGGGAAAGCUGUACCGAGGCACCGUGGACGCCUACUACAAGAUCCUUCGGCACGAGGGCUUCGGCGGCCUGUACCGGGGCUUCUGGAUCAAUACCAUUCAGAUGUUUUCCGGCAUCGGCUACAUCUUCACGUACGAGAAGGUGCGCGACAUGUUGUCCCGGCACGCCGACAUCCACGACCGGCGGCUGAAGGGGCUCAUCGCGGGCGGCUGCAGCUCGCUGGUCAGCCAGACCAUCAUCACUCCGUUCGACGUCGUCUCCCAGCACAUGAUGGUCCUGGGCCGGUCCUCCAAAAGCGGCAUCAUGGUCAUGAACCCGCUCAACAUCACCAUUGACUUCAAUAAGAAGCACCUCAUCUUUGCCGCCAUCGUACGCGAGCUGUACCGGAGGGACGGCCUACGGGGUUUUUAUAGGGGCUACUUCGCGUCGCUGCUCGCGUAUGUGCCGGGGAGCGCGCUUUGGUGGAUGUUCUACCCGGUCUAUUCGGACGGACUGCGGCGGGUUGUCCCGGACUGGACACCGCAGAUGCUCGUGCAGUGCAUGGCGGGCCCUAUGAGCGGCAUCACCGUCUGCCUCAUCACCAACCCCAUGGACGUUGUGCGCGCGAGGAUCCAGGUGCAGCGGAUGAAUUCGGUCACACAGACCUUCUGGCAGCUAUGGAACGAAGAGAAGAUGCGCAUGUUCCAGAUUGGCCUGUCAGCCAGGGUCAUGCAGAGCCUCAUCAGUUCCUUCCUCCUGGCUCUGGGCUACGAGACGCUUAAGCGCUGGAGCGUCCACGAGGAGUACAAAGACAAGAUUCGGUGGUAGACCGUUGCCCCAGCUUCGAGCCCUGCAGGUGGCUGGCGCUGUCCCUGGCCACAGCUGGUGCAGGCACGGGCAGCAGUUCCCACACUAGUCUGCCCCGGGCAUCGCGAGGUUCAGAUGUGUGCUAUACUCUCCGGUUGCUAGGCCAAAGGGUGGAAGCUAUGCCACUCUCCUUGUACGGUAUUUGUAGUGCCUGAUGCAUAAAGAGCUUCAGCAUGGGACGAGGAAAAUUUGGACUAGUUUGUUUUAAAGUUGCAAAUUUGGCAUUCAGAUUCUUUCAUUGCCUCUCGACAGACUGGUCCAUACCAGUUUGUAGUUAUCAAGCAGUACAGGUUGUUUCGCAGUCACUGCACAGUCAUAUCUUUGCUUUGGAACUGUGUGCAAUACAAGAAAUACCGGUGCAAUCGGUUGAAUGGACAUUUCUUCCUUUACAAUGUGUCUUCUGGGGCAAAUGGGGUGCAUCGAAAGGUCACUAUAAGAAAUAAGCAGAGUAUGUAAAUUUGAGAUGCACAAAUUAUGUAAGCAGAAGUGUGUGCGUUUUUUUUUGUUUGUUUUUUUCUGUUUGCAAGAUGUUAUAAUUGAGCUUGAAUUAGCUGACCGGACUUUUCAGAUUAUUACCAAAGGUACUUCGUUCAUCCUUGCAAAGCUUCAAGGCCUUGCAGGGGUGACCCUUUGCAAAUGCAGAGCACAGAAUAGCCAUGAAAUGAAACAUUUGUCUGUCUUGCAGGUCUCAUUUUCCCCUAACAGUCAUUUCAGGUUUAGUUGAUGCUGCAAGAAUGUACAACUGCAACAAAAAAAGAGUAGCACAAGUGACCAAUGACCGGAGCUGCAAAAUCGCAACAUGCGGCGCUAUUGUUCCAUAGCAUGCCGAUAGCGAGAGUGUCAGUCACGUUCCAUAUCUCAUCGCGGGGGUGGCCGGCAGAACACUGAGGGAUAAGAUAACUUUCGAAAUUCGGGUUUUAGGAUGGGCUGCUUUCUGCCGGCAACCCCCGCGUUAAGACAUGGUACAUGACUGGCACUCUCGCUAUCGGCGUUCUCCGGAAUAGCGCCGCAUGUCGCGAUUUUGCCGCUCCGAACGUCUGUCACUUGUGCUACACUUUUUCUGUUGCAGCUGUACUUCAAGGAAAAACCAGCACAAUUGAAUAUUUCAGAUUGCAAUGAUGGUGAACAAAUGUUGUAAAGUUUUCAAUCCCUGAUUUGGGAUUACCCUUGUUUCUCAAUUUUUGUAUUUAAAAAAAAAAGUUUUUUUUUACUGUCACAGCAUGAAGUGUUGUAAUGUCAUUGUUACCGGGCUCAGUUUUCUAGUCCAAACAUUGUGCUAUGGAUUGUUAUAUUUGUUAUAGAGAAAUUUGAAUAUUACUCCGUUUUGCCUUAACAUGGACUGCAGCAAAGACUUGAAGUGCAGAAGUGUAGCUUCGAUAGGUUCUCUUGCUGUGCAGGUGGUGAUGUAGCCAAGGUACAUUAGAAAGCAUAACAUUUGUGCUCGUAGCCCUCGCGGCUCUCCACGUUGGAGUCAAACGGAAGGGGAGAAUCAUCAAUAUUAUUAACUUUUUGUUAGGUUUGCAUUAUGUGCACAAGUGCUUUGCUCAGGCAUUCAGAUACCACUUCAUUGUUUGCAUCUUUUGAAGAAACUUGACAAGGCAGAAUGGUGUAGAUAGAGAAACAUUAAAGAGUUUUUAUAUGCCACAAUGUUACACGGCUGACUGAUGGCUGUACAAACACCCACAUUGUAGAGCAAAAUUAACUGUUGGGCUAGUUGGCUACACAUUGUAUAAAAAUUCAAAAGCG